AUGUUCGCGUUUCUACCAGUAGCAAAGGCGGUUUUCCCGAUCUUUUGUCGAAGUUUUCCAUCACACGCUAGGUUUAACGAAGCACUGGGUCAGCGUAGGCACGCUUGCGGGUUCGUUCGUAUUACGAGGCCGCGCUACGUGGCGCUUCGCGUUCGACGCCGGCACACCGUGCGUGGCGUUGCGAGAAGCCUCGUGGCGGUCGUGCGGCCCGGAGAUGUUGCUCUAGUUCCAUCACCGUAUCCAGGCUCGGAGGACGCUGUUGUUUUGGUCGUUGGUCUCGACACAACUGGUCGAACGGCGGACGUCGUAACGUUGCACGCUGUUGGGCGCUCGGAAGACUCGGCGGUUUUGUACGAGCGCGAGGCAGGCGCUGCAACGCGCUUCGAGCGUGUCGAUAAGCUGGCGCCCUUGAAGCGUGUUCAGCGGGAUGAAACGAAGGAUGUGUGGAAGGUGACCACAGCGGAACUUGAAUCAGUGAAGGCUGCGUUCUUGUCACCCGCGGGACAAGCUGCCGUACAAGCCGAGAUGGAACAGAUCGAAUCUAGCAUUGAUCGGCGCAUAUUUGAGCGUAGCCCGUCACCAGCACCGACGCGGACGCAGCUUCUGACUGGUUCGGGAAUAUGUGCCGGGGCCUCUGUGGCUUGCGUGGUAGCACUGUCUCAACACGGCAGUGAUGGCCUAGCGUCAGCGUCUGGCGUACUUACGGCUGCCGCUUUCAUUCUUUCCAUUGUAUCUGGAGGACUUGCUCUCGCUGCUUUGCGCCAACAACAAUAG